AUGAAGAUACUUUCUCCAGCUUUGAAGAGAAUUUGGAAAAAAUGGGAUAUACGAGUUUCUGUUAUGCUUAGCCUCAUCCUUCAAAUUGUACUCAUCAUUCUGGGUAAUCGCAGAAAGUAUAAUCACAAGGGCUGGCUGAAAUUUGUAUUAUGGUGUGUCUACUUGUCUGCAGACUCCAUAGCAACUGCUUCCCUUGGUGUCAUCUCAAAUAACCUUUCGGAUUUAUUUGAAGAUAAUGCUGGAUACGUCAUCGAUGCCAACGUUGAGUUAAGUGCAUUUUGGGCACCAUUUCUUCUCCUCCAUUUGGGUGGCCCUGACACCAUCACUUCUUAUGCUCUUGAAGACAAUGAGCUUUGGCUCAGGCACUUCCUUGGACUAAUUGUCCAAACAGGAGUCGCUAUUUAUGUGCUCUCCAUGGCUUGGACAGGCUCUUAUCUUACAUUUCUCUACAUCCUAAUGUUGAUUGCAGGGCUAAUUAAGUAUGGAGAACGCACUUCGUCACUUUGGAAAGCUAGCAGUGAGAAUCUUAGAAAGAAAUUUAAACACAAAAAUAAUGAAGAUCAGGUGGCUCGACGAUUUCUUAAGCAGCAUGGAAGUAAGAAUGAAGAAGGGUACUUUGUGGGAACAGACAUGAUUACAGCAUUCGAUUUUCCAGUGGAUCUCUCUCGGCUUUGUGGCAGCAACAUUAACAAUAAUUCUGUUUCUGAUGAAGAUCGAUUAGUUAUCGCAGACUCACUGGGGAAAGUAACUAUGAGUCUUUUCUUAGAUACAAUUCUUACCUCCACAAUCAAACAGACCACUCAGUAUCUUUUCAAUAACAUGUCUUUUGAAAAUGCUUUCAAAAUCAUUGAAAUGGAAACUGCAUUUACGUUUGACUUGCUUUACACCAAGGCACCUCUACUUUAUUCUCCUCGGGGAUUGUUCCUUCACUUUGUCACUUUCUUUCUUACCCUUCUUGUGCUGUUGCUCUUCACUUUUCUUGGUCAAAAACAUGAAUAUUCAAAAGUUGAUCUUUUCGUAACAUUUGGUUUGUUAAUUGGAGCUCUUGUUAUAGAGAUAUAUGCAGCAAUAGUACUUCUCUCAUCAGACCGUGCCAUUGUUUGGUCUUGGAAGCACAACAAAGUUUCCACCUGGCAUAUUCCUUCUUUCUUUCUUCCUUCUAAGGGUCCCAGAUGGUCUAACAAAAUGGCUCAGUACAGUCUGCUUAACUUCUUCUUGAAAGAAAAAACCCAUUGGUUUCUCAACUUCUUAAAGAGACUGCACUGCCUCGGUAUCUUAAAGUACCUCAACAAGGAUAAAUGGCUAGAAGAAAAUUUGCAUGUAACUUAUGAGGAAGUUCCAAAAGAGUCUAAGAAGUCGAUCUUUGAGAGUAUAAAGGACAAAGCUGCAAAACGGACACGUGGCACCAAAAAUCCAAUAUCCGAUGACCCUGCAGCAAUUAAAGAAGCUGCACCAACCGGCACUACCCAAGUUGAAGAACCUACAAGCAGUAGAUAUUCUGAAGGAAUUCCGGAUUUUGGAGAAGAUCUUUCCAAGCGCAUUCUAUUUUGGCAUUUUAUUACAGAACUUUCAUACGAUGUUGUUGAUAGUGACCAUAUUAAAGACCCCCAAGAGUGUGAUAGAAUGAAUAAAAUUUCUAGAUAUAUGAUGUAUCUCUUAGUCAGUCAUCCUUCUCUGUUAUCGGUCGGAAUUACAACAGUUAGCUUUGAAGAUGAGGCUAAUACAUUGGCGGAUACUUUCCAAAAGUUUCGAUCCCAAGGGAUUCCCGCGACCUGCAAACAUUUGGCUGAUCAUGGAUUUGACGACAAUAAGACGGGAGUUUUAGUGGAUGCACAUUCCUUUAUGAAGAAAAUGACCGAAGCAGAUAAGAAAUGGGAGGAAAUCGGUCGCAAUUGGCUGGAAUUGCUGGCGUAUGCAGCAUCCAAGUGCAAAGGAAGCCUUCAUGCUCAAAAUCUGAGAUUUGGUGGAGAGUUACUUACUCAUGUAUGGCUUCUCAUGGCACAUUUUGGCUUAACGGAGCAUUUUCGGACUUCAGAGAAACCUCUUAUAGCAAGGGUGAUCUCACAAUAGGGGGAUACGUAAAAGGAUUUCAACAGGCUCUUGCUUGUCUGUGUGAACGUUUUCUUUAUUUCUAGCUAAAUUAAGGGGAAUAAUGGCCAUAUUAAUGGGAAAUAUUGUUUAUUCUGCUUAUCGGUUGUUUAGUCAUUAAAGUAAUCAUGUUUGAUUCCCAA